UGUAAUUUUCCGAGAAGCUGCAGAAAUGGUUGGAAUGCGAUGCGAGGUUAACUCUCUUCUUCUCACUCUCUGAAUUCCGCUGGUUUUGCAUUUCAUUCUGUGGGAACGAUCCUCAAGCUUUUGUCAAUGGAACAAAGAUUUGGUAUUGAUAUUAUGUUGUGCUUUUCGCGAUGUGCACGCAACCUGUUUGUCAAAAGUCCCAAGAGAAAAAUUUAUACGAUACGUCCUAUGAUCGAUGCUUCUUCAACUAAAAAAACAGCGUAUUACGAAGGCCUAGUUAAAUUUCAUGCUCAACUAGAGGACGUAAUAUCUUUGACGUCUAAAAUCACUGAUUUUGGUAAGAACAGGACAGCCAGAAUCUGUUUUUGCCUUCUUCAAUAUGAUGCUCGCAAAUGGGCUCAGGCCAAAUCAUGUGAUGAUGCUGAGCGUAAUAAGAGCUAUUGAUGCGUUAAGCUGGGAUUCAAUUAUUGAAGGUGGUGCAUGGAGGAGUGAUCCAAAUGGGUUUUGUGUUAGAAGUAGCAGGAUUUCGUUAGCCAUUCUUGGGUUUUAUACAAUGCGUGGAGUGCCAUGAUCAUGGCAUUCUUGAAAUAUGGUCAGAAUAGUGAAGCUUUGGAUCUUUUCAUAGGGAUGCACAAUCAGGGAGCUCAGCCAGACAUGUAAGCAUUACAUUUUGAGGCAUCAAUUAGAUCUUUGAAGUUGUUGGUAGGAGAAUUAUCUUGUGGAUCGAAUAUCCCAAGGCAAAAACACUUGUUUUAGAUUUGGAUCACUUCACAAGCAAGAUUGAUCUUAUCAAGUUUGAAUGAUUCAACCUAAACUAUAUAGAAUUGCGAAAAAACUUAGCUAUUGGCUAAAGAAAAAGGUAAGAACACACCGCCCUAGUGAUAAGGAAUCACUCCGAUGAACUUUUCUAGGCAUCAAUUAGAGCUUACUCUGCUUUAUUCCAGUUGGAACUGUGCUCAGUGUGGAUUGGAAAAGGAAGGUUGCUUUUCAUUUCCAUAUCAAGAAUCCAAUUGAAAAACUGAUGGAUGCAGGGAAAUUUAUGAGGUAAUUCAUACAGCUGAGUAGUAACUUCAACGCAUCCAUGUUAUUGAUGAUCAUUGAAUUCCAUUAAAUGUUCUGAGUUAUCUUGAAUUUCAAUGGAAUUGAUGGUCUUGGUAGUUUUUUAUUUACUUGAAACAUCACCACUCCAUAACAUAACCUAUCUAUUUAUGGUCUUGGUACUUCAACCUAUUCAAUACGUAAAAUUCAUGAAGGGUGGGAUUCUUGAAGUGCUUCUUGUCAAUGCCAGAGACAUCAAACACACCAAUCUGUUUGGUUCCCGGGCAUAUUAUGUGAUGGUAGAAUGUGGAAAUCAGGAACAUAGAACAAAAGUAUCGUCAGGGCUUUCACUAUGUUCUGUGGACACAGGUAAACAUGAGAAGGUUUGUUGGAAUGAGAAGUUUUCAUUUGAACUCCCUUCAUCUGAUUGGAAGAACAUAACUCAUAUCAAAUUCAGAAUCAUGGAAAUAAAAUUUCUGAGCAAUGAAUCUGUUGGUGCAAUAUUAAUCCACCUUGGUGGAAUAAUUUCAGAGGGAUACGAAAGAGGAUUCAUAGAAGUUCGGCCAGCUCCAUACAACGUCGUGCUCGAGGAGGACGACACUUACAAAGGAGAAAUAAAGAUAGGAUUCAAAUUUUUCACCAAAGAAGAAAUAGUUCAGAUGGAAGCAAGAGAGUUCAUUGCAGAUGUGAAGCAGGAAAGGAAACUGAUCUAUGGCAAGGUUAUGAACUUGUGGAGAAAUGUAUGGUUAAAGUUAUUGUGCCUCUUUGGCCACAAGACUUUUUCCAGCGGUCAAAAACAACAGUGAACUCAUGAUAUUAUGUCAGGUCGAGAACAACAUUUUCAAUUUCUAUUUGAAUUUUCUUCUUCGUAAUAAAAAAGAUGUCCAAUGGAUCGUAUUGCAUUCAAA